CUGGUCAGUUCUUCGGCAAAGGUUUAGGUUUGAAUGGAAGAAGAUAGAAUUUGUACAUUGAGUUCUUUUGGCUUCAUAGAAUGGAAAGGAUUCAAAAGAUUAUUGUGUUGUGUUUAAUUUUAAGUGUUUCCAUAGGUGCCUGUUCUGACCAAGCAAAAAACUCAACAGCAGACAAAAUCGUCGGAGGAGUGGAAGCCAAUCGAUAUGAGUUCCCGUACCAAAUCUCUCUCCAGUGGAACCUGGGACCGAACUACUCCCGCGCCCCAAUCCACUUCUGCGGAGGUUCGCUCCUGAACAAGAACUGGGUCCUUACGGCGGCGCACUGUCGGGUUCGGUACACCAGACGAGGCUGGAUCGAGGUAGUAGCCGCAGAACACGACACCACGGUAACGGAUGGCGACGAGCAGCGGCGAAAGGUCAUCAAGUAUACCAACCAUCGAAGCUACUGCGGAGGCGUCUGUCCGUUCGACAUCGGACUGAUCCUGGUUGACAAACCCUUCGAGUUGAACCGGUUUGUCAAGCCGAUCAAGCUGCCGAAGCAGUUCCAAAAGUUCUCUGGAGAUUGUGUUGCGUCCGGAUGGGGCUCGACAUCGACCACCGAGCGGCCCAUGUAUCCGAAGCGAUUGAUGAAGGCAGUGUUGCCGAUAGUGGAGUUCAAAACGUGCUACAAAAACUGGGUCCAGGAAGGGGAUCCGGAUGCGCUGUCGAAUGUGUGUGCUGGACCGCAAGAUGGAUCCCGAAGUGUAUGCUCGGGAGACUCCGGUGGGCCUCUGGCCAAGUUCGACGAGAAUGGAGAGAACCCGGUGCUCGUUGGAGUGGCUUCGUGGGGAACGAUUCCAUGUGGCAUGGAGGAAAAGCCGGCUGUGUUUACGAACGUAGCAAGCUAUGUGGAUUGGAUUAAAGAGAAUAUGAGAUAAUAAAGAAUCGUAUCACAACUCCUUUUUAGCCAGGUGUGUCAAGUAGAACAAUAUUAUCACAAAAAAUAGGCAUCGCUAGAUCUUUCACCACUUAAAAAUAAAGAUUUUUAGCUU